AUUACGCUUGUCGCGCUGGGAGCGUCAGAAGAGGCGCAUACAGGUGCGAGGGAUCACGUCAAGAACUGGUUUCAUGAUCGCUUUAAUAUGCGUUCACGUACAAACGGAGCUGACCAGACCACGUUUCUACUCGUGAAGAGCGCGUCUCUGCUGCGGUUGGAGGCUCUAGGGAGUUUUCUACAGAACGACGUCUAUUUGAAGGAGAAACUUGGCAGCAGCCUAGGUGUUCUGGGAAGUGGAUGGAAACCGGUGAAUGAUCGAGUUCAAGAGAAAGAGCCACGACAAGUAGAAUCCGAAUCGCCAAGCUCUUCUACUCCUGUGGUUCGCGCUUCUACCACCUCCGCUCCACUAUUGGUGGAAGAACAUUCGCGUCGAUAGGUUGGAAAAUGCGACUUUAGAAGGCCAAAGGCCUAGUACUAUCUCCGGAUGAGCACUUUUCUUCGAGCCCUUUGGCUCCAGCUUUCUCCGCUUUAACCAGUGAAACUCUAUUCCGACUGGAAGGGUGACACCGGAACGAAAGGCGCUCGCCUGACGGAGGACGCAAUCGAACCCUUAGAGGGCCACCUGCUAGCCAUGCUAGGCCUCGCGCUUGCCCGUUUGUUCACUGUACAAUGAUGGCAAGUCUGUUCACACCAUCGCCACCACGCGCUGGCUAGCUUGGCAAGUACGAGAACCAUUGCUGGUGAUGGACAGAAAAAUACUAGUAUUUCUGCUGAUACUGGAACAACAACAAUACAAGGAAAUCAGAUUCAACAAGUACAAGUAGAUGUCUAGAAGCGAUAAAACCACUGGGUGAAGAGCAGAAGAUAAGUGCUUCCGACGCGACAAGCAUGUCAGGAAAGGGCAACAGACGACGCCCUAGUCGGGAAGCCCUUCCAGUUCCACCGAAGAAUCUUGCUGCGAAAGCUAGCGCUAACAUCAAGGGGACCACUAACAGCACCCCAUCCGGCAAAGCACCUGCAACAACAGGCUCCCCAGGAGAUGGGGCUUCGAACGGCAAAGGGGCUAAUAUUAGUCAUGCAUCAAAUACGAAUAGUUCAACAGCCUGUGUCCGUGCUGUUAGUGUCGACAAGAUCGCCACCACACACAAAGUCAAACUGCAUCUGGAUGUGACGGAUGACGGACAUUAUCCUUUCGGUGGGAGCACGAGCUGCGGUAGCACCAAUGCUAGCAAAGGAACUAAUGAAGUAGUAGUCUACGCGCUUCACGCUUAUAUUUCGAAGCAGCUUUUUAGCACGCGUUCGAAACUCGCACCAGUGAAGAAAAUGGAAAGGAUGAUGAUGAACAAAGUUGAUCUCGAUUACAAAAGCGAACCAAUCCCUAGGACUGCCUGCAAUUGCGAUGUCGUUCGUUGUGGUGUCACUGCACCAACUGUGGAGGACCUUAUCACGGAUGUGAAGGCACUCGUCCCUCACCAUUACAAAUAAAGGAUGAAGGAUGAGGGCAGUCGCUGCUUAGUAGAUUUUCUCUACAACAUGUACAUUGUCAUCUGCACGCUUACAUGUUGCAGCCAGCUUAUUUAUAUUUUUUCGAUAGUUC